GCUGUUGGGCCGUGCGGCCCCUCGCUCGGCUCGGCUCAGCUCGGCCCAGUGCCUGUCCGGCUCUCCACGCCUCCAGUCCCCUCGCUCUGGCCUCCCCCCAGCCCCCAGCUUCUCCCCAUCCUUUUCCAUUCCCCCCAGCUCCCUGCCCCCAGCAUUUUCUCCCCCGGGAAGGCUUUGGGCCUGGGCCCUGGGGGCCCCUCCUCUCCUAGCCCCAGCUCAUCUAGUCUUAGGGCCCCUGCCCCGCCUCCCCUGCCCUUCCGCCCCCCACUCCCAUCCCUCAGCCCUGGGGUUCCAGGCUCUCAGGCCUUCGUUUCCUUAGCUCCCUCCCCCUCUCCCCGCCCCACCCCCUCUCUCAGUUCCCAGGUUCCUAACCACCAGGUUCCUGGCUCCUGGUCCCACAGCCCAGUGCAUCCCCGCUCUCCCCCACUAUCCCAACCCCAAACCCUGCCACCAUGCUGCCAUCCCAGGAGGCCUCGAAGCUGUACCAUGAGCAUUAUAUGCGGAACUCACGGGCCAUUGGGGUGCUGUGGGCUAUCUUCACCAUCUGCUUCGCCAUCAUCAACGUGGUGGUCUUCAUCCAGCCCUACUGGGUGGGCGACAGCGUGAGCACCCCUAAACCCGGCUACUUCGGCCUCUUCCACUACUGCGUGGGGAGCGGGCUGGCCGGCCGGGAGCUCACCUGCCGGGGCUCUUUCACCGACUUCAGCACCAUCCCGUCUGGGGCCUUCAAGGCGGCUGCCUUCUUCGUGCUGCUGUCCAUGGUGCUGAUCCUGGGCUGCAUCACCUGUUUCGCCCUCUUCUUCUUCUGCAACACAGCCACAGUCUACAAGAUCUGUGCCUGGAUGCAACUGCUUGCAGCUCUGUGUCUGGUCCUGGGCUGUAUGAUCUUCCCCGAUGGCUGGGAUGCGGAGACCAUCCGGGAUAUGUGUGGGCAGAAGACAGGGAAGUAUUCUCUGGGGGACUGCUCUGUGCGCUGGGCGUACAUCCUGGCCAUCAUUGGCAUCCUCAAUGCCCUCAUCCUCUCCUUCCUCGCCUUUGUGCUGGGCAACCGGCAAAACGACUUGCUGCAGGAUGAACUCAAGACAGAGAGCAAAGAUUUUGUUGGCUCUGCGAACAUAACAGAGAUGCUGCCACUGGGUCUUGCCCUCUCUGGAGGCCCCGGACUGGACUCUUUCCCGCCUUUUUCUGCCAACGACGGUUCAGUGACGUGCACCUCGAAGCCUCAGAUGCUGCCAACCUCCCUCGGGCGGCCUCCCCGAGACCCUGCUCUCCCCAGCCAGCUCACCUAAGAUGAAGAUGACCUGCCUGGAGAGAGGGAGCGUGGAGUCCCGGGGUCAUUCACCCCCUCCUUUCUUCACUCAACAUCCCAAUGGCCACCGACCCCAUCGCUUUCACAGGGGUCCAGACGACUGCAGCUUUGUGUCAAGACAAAAAGAUCAACUGAAUUAACUGCCGACAUUCAGAGAUGCUGGGGAAAGGUCCUGGACAGCUUUUCGUCCAUCUCCCUAUGUCCAGGACCCCCCUCUCCCUUUCUUGCCCUUUCAUGCUGAAAAAGAGCAACUACUGGACCUGGGCGGGGGGGGGGGAGGGGGUUGCUUUCAUUCUGGAUUGGGCUCCGAUCUCCUCCUGACCCCAUCUCGGGGGGACUGCUCCACAGACUGGGCCCGGCCUCAGUGCUCCUCAUCUGCCCCCUGGCCUGGGUCCGUUUUGUACAGCACAGAAUUCUCAGUUCUUUUGUUGGUGGGGAUGGGGGAGGGAGAGUGGAAGAGGGGCCCAGAGACAACAUUCCUCUCCUCCAUCUGCCAGUGGCAGAAACUGUCCUGUUUCUUUGAUACUUUUAUGUGCAACUUGAACUUGCAGCUCACCUCCAAACAGGGUACUCCCCAUCCCUCCCCCAACCCUGCCACUACACGUCCCCAUCUUCUCUCUGCACCAUCCUCCCCACCCCCCAACCAGGGGACUCUACCACUAUCACUUCAUGCUUUAAGCCCAUUGUUUUGGAGACUUGAUGGGGAUGUAAAUGGGGCCAAGGCAACAGGUGAGUGAGUGAGUGUGUGUGUGUGUGUGUGUGUGUGUGUGUGUGUGUGUAAUGUGUGCUGUGGGGGCUAUAGGUAGUCAGAGAGGGAAUGGGCUUCUUGCCUUAUCUCCUUCCCCCACCCACCCACCCUCUGCCUUUCUUUCCAGAGUAGAGAGAUCAAAUGAGGGGCACCAGGGGAAGUUCAUGGGUCCUCUGGAUUGUAGGAACAGAGCCACUAGCCUUGGGGACCUCAAUGGGGUUUGAACCCCUUCUUUCAACUCCUUCCCCAUCCCUCUCCAAAAGGGUGGGUAUCCCCAUUCAUUCUGUCCCGUAGCUCAUGCCCAUGGAAUUUAGACUGGAUUAUGAAGAUCUCUCAAAAUAGCCCCCCACAGUGGGUAGAUUAGAACCUUUACUUAUCCCCUGCUCUACCAGGAAAAGACAGAUCUCCUGCUUCCAUAUAUCCAAGUCCCAACUCCUUUCUGGAGCUAGAAGGCUAGGUCCUGGAUGGUUUGGAAUAGGGGUGGAUUCUCAGAGGUCCUAGACCUUCUCAGACCCCUCCCCUUCUUUCUUCAACCUGGGGAAUCAUUCCACUCAUACACCUCCAUUCUGGCCCCAACACUGUGCUCUUUUCUGAUUCCUCCCCUUCCCCCUCCUCCCAAAAGAACUUCAUAAAAAACUCAACCCAAACCACACAGCAAUGCUACAAUACAGUUAGAGUGAGAGUGGGCAUGUUGAUCCCAUGAUCCAAUGAAAUGACGGGACUCUACGGUCUACAUCCUGAAGGUGAGGACAGACUCAUUCGGGGAGGGGAGUGGUAUGCAAAUGAGCUCUUUGAACAUACACACCAAAGUUCAAUAUGAGUAGGCUCCAGGGUGAGGGAAAGGCAGAUAACAGCAGUAAGGUGGAGAGAGAUGAUGGAAGGAAGAGACCCAGGGAACACAAGUGAAAAGGGCUACAAAGAGGGAAAGGAAAGGAGAAAGAGAAGGAGGCCUUUGGAGGGGGAUAAAUAGGGGAUGGGGGAUGGGGAGGGAGGGAGAGGGAGACAAAUUUGGAGAAAGGAAGAAAAUGAGUCAGAAAGGGAGAGGAAAACAGUUGGAGAGAGAGGAAAAAAGACAUUUGGGAGAGAGACAGGUGGGUAAGAGGGAAAGAGAAGCAGAAAUGAACAGAGGCAAAAGGAGAAAGUUGGAGAGAAAAGGAAAG